GUGGGCAUUGUUCGCCAGACGCAGAUCUCAUGCUCCUAUAGAGCUUAGUUGUUUUUCCUUUUACCUUUUUCUGGCGAUUGGACUUCUAAAUUCCUCUGCUGUGUUCUUCACUUGUUUCAAAUCCUAUGCCUUUUUCUUUUUAGGGUUUUCUCAGCGAAGCCUCAUCAGAAUUGUGGGGGAAGAAGAAAAUAUGUGGAUGCCCAGAUGGGUGAAAAUAGGGUUGGAAUCAUGAUCUGGAAACCGAUUCACAAUAGGAAUUUGGUUAUGGAAUUGAAAUCGCGGGAAUCCAAGAUGAGUUUAUUCAUAUUCGGAUGCCGAUUCCGAUUCCAAUCGGCAUUCGAUUCCUAUUCGGUAGCCUGUAGCGCUUUCUCUGAACAUCAGCAACAGAAACAGCGUCACUUUUAUUCGAUUAGUGUUAAAUGCAAACGACUUUGAUAGGGUUUUCUUCUUCGUUUCUGUUUUCCUUUUUUUUUUUUUUUUUUGUUGUUUGCUCUACCGUCUCAUAGUUUUUUGGAGGCCUUUUUUUCCUUUUUUUUUUUUGGUGGAUAAUGGAUUUCGGUUCGCUUGAGGAUGAUGGCGAGUUUGCCGAGAAAGACCCGACUGGUCGAUACGUUCGGUAUGAUGAAAUAUUGGGGAGAGGUGCAUUCAAGACUGUAUAUAAAGCGUUUGAUGAAGUUGAUGGAAUUGAAGUUGCCUGGAACCAAGUGAGUAUUGAAGAUGUGUUGCAGUCGGCAGACCAGCUAGAAAGAUUAUAUUCAGAGGUUCAUCUGCUGAAGUCGCUGAAACAUGAAAAUAUCAUGAAAUUUUAUAACUCUUGGGUGGAUGAUAAGAAAAAGACUAUCAACAUGAUAACAGAAUUAUUCACCUCAGGCAGUUUGAGGCAGUACCGCAAGAAGCAUAAGAAUGUUGAUAUCAAGGCCAUCAAAAGCUGGGCAAGACAGAUCCUUCAAGGUUUACAGCAUAUGCAUAAUCACAGUCCCCCUAUCAUUCAUCGUGAUUUGAAAUGCGACAAUAUAUUUGUUAAUGGAAACAAUGGGGAAGUUAAAAUUGGAGAUCUUGGACUGGCAACUGUUAUGCAACAACCUACGGCACGAAGUGUUAUAGGUACUCCUGAAUUCAUGGCUCCAGAGCUCUAUGACGAGGAAUAUACUGAACUUGUUGACAUUUAUUCUUUUGGCAUGUGCAUAUUAGAAAUGGUUACCUGUGAAUACCCAUACAGUGAAUGCAAGAACCCAGCACAAAUAUAUAAGAAGGUUAUCACGGGCAUUAAACCUGCUUCUCUUGGUAAAGUGGGUGACCCCCAGGUCAAGCAGUUCAUAGAGAAGUGUCUAGUCCCAGUAUCUAUGAGAUUGCCUGCAACAGAACUCUUGAAAGACCCAUUCCUAGCUACUGAAAAUUCUAAAGAUCUUGUUUCUGUGUCUUUGAGGAUACCAGAGCUUAAGUCCAAAGAAGUCAACUCACUGCAAUCAGAAUCUCAUUCCAUGGAUAUCGACACUAACAUCAAGAAACCUUCAAUAGGCUCUUGUACAAAAAGCAUCGGUGAGGUUCUGCCAAUCUCAACCUUAGAAGCGCAUAGGUUCACUGGGAACAAUGAGUUCAGGUUAAGAGGGGAGAAAAAUUAUGAUAGUACAAUUUCACUGUCUCUGCGCAUUGUUGAACAAUGUGGGAGAGUAAAGAACAUCCAUUUUACUUUCUACCUUGACACUGAUACAACAGUUUCAAUAGCUGAAGAGAUGGUUGAACAGCUUGAUUUGUCAAAUGAGGAUGUGGGUAUCAUUGCCGAGUUGAUUGAUGCCUUGAUAAUGAAGCUUGUUCCAUGCUGGUGUCCAUCUGGAAGUACAUCAAGUAUACCAAGUGGUUCUGAUAGACUACAGAAUGGUGCAACUUCUGAUUUAUUGCCUUUGGUUAAAGUGGUUGGUCAAGAGACUCCAGAAUCAUUUUAUUCAGGCAUAUCUGCUGAACUUCAUAUGACAAUUGCCUCUGAUGCCAGCACUAACAAGCCUCUGGGAUCUUUUGACUACUCCGUUGAGUUGAAUAAAACUGAUUUGGGUUCUGAUUUUGUGAUGCAUGUUGAUAGUAUAUCUAAACAUGACAAAUCCAUAAAAGAUUCUGAGGAUAAUCUUUCUGAGCUAAAGCUGGAGCUCAAUGCCAUUGAUAUGCAGUAUAACCAGUGCUUCAAAGAACUCUCAAGGAUGAGAGAGGAAGCAAUAGAAAAUGCCAAGAAGAAGUGGAUAACAAAAAAAGAAUAUACUCGACAUGUAAUGUGCUAGAUUUUCUUAGGAUUAUUUUUCCUUGGAUCUACUGGCGACAGGAGUUUGAAGAAGCCCAUUUUUUAAAUUCUUUUAUUUGGAUGCUUGUUGACCAGUUGGUUUAACUUUGAUCAUUGCUAUUAUUUUCUUGUGUAUAGAGAAUUGGGCACUCAAGGGUGCGACUUUAUUCAUUCAUUGAUGGUUGAUUUUAUGCAAAUAACUCUUCUAAA